AUUUCCACACCGAAUAGCAAUUUUCAAUAGCUUCAAUUUGAUAUAUAGCCCGACGUUUGGGGUCAAGUAUUUCUGCUCAUAACUCAGAAAAACUAUUUUGGCUUCAUCAAAUCAUAGGCCUUCAUCAUAGCAGUUAGCCUUCCAGUUUAUUUAUAGUUCAAUGGUGUGUACUCCAGUUACCAAGGCAACGUAUAUAAAACGAAAACAAGAUGGAGGACAAAAUUCAGGUUUUUGUAAUGUUUUAGAAAUAAUUUUUUACUAUGCCUCCAAAGAAAAAAGGCAAAGCCAAGAAGGGAAAUGGCAAUAAUGAAGGCGACGAAGAAAGGGCUGAAUCAAAACCGACUGAGCGAGAAAUCCUGUUAUCACAACAGUGAGUAUUUAAACGAGUAUAAAAAUUCUGCUUUCUUGCCGCCAUGAUAUAUGAUCUCUAUAUCUAAUCACUGUAAAGCCACGUUUAUACUGCAAGCGUUGGUCUGAAUCUUGUUUGGCCUAUGUUUUGGCUUUCUCACUAUUCUGUAGGCCUAAGGCUAACUUAGGCCAGAAAUCUGUCAUUAUUACCCUGCAAUGUGAAUCAGUGAAUGUGAUUUACAUUUUUGUUUACACUUUUUUUCACUAAAUCAACCUGAUUGGUUAUAUAUUUAUCACAUGAUCGCUUCUGUAGCAAUUUUAGUAUGGGUGUGGAUUAUAACAAUUUUGCUUGGGUUUGACAAAUGUCCAACCAACUGUGCAGUGAUGACAUUGGGUGACCAUUGAUGGUCUGGACAAGCUUUUCAUAUAUAUAUAUAUUACAUUGAUAACUCCUGCUGAUGACUUCCUGCACGAUCAAUCACUCCCUCCCUGUAUGAUCAAUCACAUUACUUGACUUUUGGUAACUAGUGGUCCACAGAUACUGUUUUCAAAUUUUCUGCAUGUCUAGAUCUGGCACUAAACAUUUUGGUCUGACACCAUCAACUUGUAACAUAAUUUUGUUGCUUGCCACUGCGAAACCAAGAAAAUGUUUUGCGUCCGUUCUCUUGCUUUUAUGCUUUUUGAACAGUACUAAUCAAAUAAUAUUUGCUGUUUUUAUUUAUUUGAUCAGUCGAAAUGACCACACAGAAUAAAAUUAAUUGGCCAUUUAGUGGUCUUGUUUGACAAAUAGCCAAUUGCAGCCCAUUAUAAUCCACACUGAUUAGCAUGAAUUUAAAGCACAUAUGUUUUUGCGUACCAUGCUAGGGUAACUCCAAAUGAAAGGCAUGACGUGUUCUAAACAUCAAGGGUUUAAUGUAUUUGUUCAGGCGCAUCAUCUACAGCUUGUAUUCUUACGACCUGCAUAUACACUCAGUCUGGCGCUCACUGUUUGAGAUUUUGUGACAGAAAAUCUGGGACCAUUUCAACAGCGUAAAGCCGUCCUAAUACAUCAAUUGUCACUGUGAACCUUGACCAGUGGCCUGAACUACAGUAAGCCAAUUGGGCCUGAGGCCAAGAUGCAGUAAUUGUGACAAGUUUAAUUAUUAUACAUUGCCACAUUAGGCAUGGCUUAGGGCUCACCUAGGUCCACUAUAAAGGGGCAGGGUUCGUAGUCACCAAAAUAGCCUGCGAACAGGCUCUCUUUGAACUCUCUUUGAAAUUUGUGAGAGAGCCUGCAGGCCUAGCUAAUAAAAAUGCAUCUGUGCAUUGCUUAGAACGAUGCAGGGUUCCCAUUGGUUGAAACCGAGUAGUUGGUUAUUAACUACAUUAUACUGCCAUAAAAGGUAAUGACAUUCACACAACAAUAGAUUCAAGGUGUGAACACAAAGUGCAGAAAUCGAAAAAAAUCAUUCUAUAGCUAUAAAAAUUGUACUAGAUGAGUUGUAUGGAAAACUAAAUUUUUGUUUAAAGUUAAAGGUAAUUUGAAUACUUGACAUAUAAUAUAUAUUAUAUUGUUUAUUUUGUGUGUGUUCGUGUUAUGUUCUCAUCCAUGUAUUAGUGCAGAAGGUGACACUAUUUUUUCAAGUAAAUAAUCAAUUAUGGUUAAUUAAAAACCUGUCUUUAACUUUUUCCGCCGUUCAUAUGUUUCCGAAAACUUCCGAAAGUUUUUGAGAUGGCAAUUUAGUAUGGCUUAAUUUGGCGCCAAACACUGCGAAUAGUUAAUUGAUACAAUUAAUUAUAUCAGCGGCUAGCUUUGUCACAUGUCCUUUUUUGGGUUUCUAUUUUUUUAGUAUUUUUUAUGUUUUAAUUAAUGGAAAUUUGAUACAUUUCAUGAAAAACAAAUUAUCCGGUAUCCGGACGGAUACUAAAAAAUUUAAUCAAAAGCUAAAGGAUUCAGCUAAAGGAUUUAUUUAACUCAUACUUUAUCAGUAACUAAUUUUGGACUUACCUAAUUGUGACACAUGGUAACAUGGUAAGUCAACAGAAAAGAGAUUCAAGGGCUGCAAUAGUUAACAAUAUUCUCUUGGAAUAUAUAAUUGUCAUUCCCAAAUUUGUCAACAUGGUCAUGGGCAUACAGUAUGUUUCCCAUCAAGAAUCAAGAUAUCAAAUAAAGCUUCAACCUGUUUAAUUUAUAAGUAAAAAAACCCAUUAAAGAUACAGUACAUUUCAUUCCCACAUGGCAUAUGAUCAAGGGACGAGGUUGGUUGGCAUGUGGUACAGGGUUGGUUGGCAUGCUAAUAAAUAAACUAACGUUGUCAAUAUUUUUUUGAAACACACAAUACUGUAGUCUGUGUGUGUGUGUGCGUGUGGUGGUGGGGGAUGGGGAAUAAGUUUUCAGAUUGUCAGAUUCUGCCGAAAAAAUGUUCGGAUUUUGGAUCUGGAGAAUACUUUAUGCCGAUUUGCGGACCUUAUUAAUACAGCAGAUUGCGGACAUAGGCGUACAGGAAGGAAAAAUUAGGGGGCGGAAAGAAAUUUGCCCGACUUUUUUGGAUUGUGCCAGAGUUGUCAAAAAAAAUUUUACGGACAUACUUUCCCACAAAAUUGACAGAAUUUGUCCCAUUUAUUUUUAUAAUAAGCCAAUAUUUCCCAACUGUGAAGCGAAUACUGCCCAACUGGCUUUGUUUGCCCAACAAACUGGGGGGCUGCUGCCCCCCCCCCCCCGCUACGCCCGUGAUUACGGAUUUAUCCAACAUUUUUGCUCAGAUUCAUUGUAGAUUUUGCUUGCAAUUUAGUUCGGAUCCUGGAUUGUGACUUCAUAGGAGAGUUGUUUAUAGUGGAUCCAAAUUUAGACAGAGCAUUGUCGGACCGGCAGAUUUUGCUUCAAAUUUGAACAGAUCUGCAGAUUUGUAUACCCCUACUCACCCCCCCCCUUUGUGGUUUUAUAUUGUAAAGAAUUUGACACAAAUUCACUUACCAAUAUUUGAAAUCCAUCAACCAUGUUCUUGAAUGUUCUUUCAACUUCUUUGUCCCUUUGAGUUUUCCCAUGAAUGAGGGGAUGAAUGCUUGCAACCAAGUACUGAUUGAUAGUUGUUUUACCAUUUAGGUUAGAAACUUUAAGUGAUGAAUUAACGGAGACGAAAAGAAACGUUGACGAACUGUAUCCUUUCAAGAAUCCAAGUCUCUGAUUCAAGUUAAAUUUCCCGCCAAACGUCCACUACUUCAUGUAUGCAUGUUAUUUUGUCUCAACAGAUUUUGACCUUUUGAGUUGGAUCAUUGUGUGUCAUUGUGCAGACAUGAAGUUCUUCGCACUAGGCCCGAAACGUUUUCUAUGCAAAUCUAACCUGAAGUUCAGGCCCUAAUUUAAUGCAAAUCUAGAGAUGCAAAUCCGUGGAAAGCCUGUAGAGGUUUCUUGUACCCUGUAUAUCUCUUGCCCUAUCACUUAUAAAUAGUACUUAAAAAUGGAUUAAUAAUUCACGAGGAAAAUACAAAAGAAAUGAAUGUUUAAUCAAUGUUUGUAAAUCGGAUAAAGAUUUGUCCUGAUUUACACAAACUUCAGCUUUGAUUUUCUCGGCUUAGACAAUGUUUAUUCUUAAAAUUACUUCGCCAAUGAACUCAUAAGAUGGGUCAUUUUUUAAUGACUCUCACCUUCGGCUCGAGUUUGUAUAUCAGAUACAGAUCGGAUGCUCAUGUUUUAUCUAGUACUUAUAUAUUUUUUGUUCACAUAAACCUGUACAUGGAGAAAAAUAAAUAAAAAAUUCUAGACUCUAUAAAGCCUGUUACAGACGAGCAAGUUUUCCUUGAUAAGUUUCCUUGACAAUUUAGUACCUUCUCCUCAACCUGAUACUCAGGGUUUUGGCAAACAAAAGGCGGCCCUGGCAUGAGAUAAGGUGACAAGGAAAACAUGUUGACCGUACACAAUAACUUAGCAAAACCGUAUAAGUAUUUCGUCAAGUUUUCCCUGACAGUUUAACGUUGCAGGUUGUAGUUGCAAAGUUACAAGCCUUUUGUUGUGCAUUGGUUGCAAUACCGGUAUCACACAUGUCUUAAAUAAAAAACCUCUGAAGCAACAAUAAAAUGCGAACACCCUUUUUCAGAACAGUCCUCGAGGACGGUAAAAAUGAUAGUUUGACAGGUUUUUAGCGAAACCGGCAUUUAAUAACGUAGACGCCAUAGGUACCACAAAUUUCACUUGUAGCAAUUGUCGGGAAAAUUAUUUUUCUCGUAUAUUUUAUGACACUAUGUUAGUCUUUAUUUAUUUUUUGACAUUGGUAUACAUAAAUCGAUCAUUUUAUGAUGUAGUCUCUGUAAAGUGCGUAUUUGAGGAUGGCAAACAUGGCGAACAUUUGAUGGAAAUUGGAUAAAAAUUCGUCGAGUAAAGCGUAUCACACCAGCAUACCUUAAAGUUAACUGUUAAGUGUGAGUCGAAUUUUGACUUAGAUCCAGUUGCGCAACUGUUCGGGGGGGGUAGGGGUGACACUCCACAAAGUUUAAAAAUGGUAUGAUACUCGGGAAUUUCACAGCAGAUUGAUUGGUGACCACGCCCUUUUAUCGGGCAAGAAGAACUCACGUCCCCCUAAUACGUAGAGUCAAGUUGCGCCCCUGCAUCAUUUCACUUUUCAAGGAAGAAGUAAAAAUAUCAGGAGAGGGUGCGCACCUCCCAAAAACACAACACACCUCCCAUGCACAAAAUCCGGCCAUGGUUUCCUUAACGAAUAUUUGUUAAAGUCGAAAGGAAAAUGAGUGGUUGCAAGAAGAAGCACAACAAACAAGACGAGAAAGCGUAAGUAUUUCGAGGUGUUGAAAGCUUUUCUAGAUGAAAGCUUUUCUAAAGUCGAAAACAUCUAUAUAUGCACAUGUUAGGCCUGUUUUAUACGUCGAAUUUUGGUCGCGUUGAAUGCAAUUAAGACAAUAGAUAAUGAGAUGAUAAACCUCACUAAGCUUCAUUAGCCGAAUUCAUAUUAGGGACGGGAAACUCGUCUGUCAAAACCCGUCUGAAUAUGAAUUUAGGGACGGAUAAAUUCGAAUUUAAGACGAGUUUCCCGUCUAGAUGGGAUUCCCGUGUAACUUUCCCGUCUGUUUCGACGGGUAAGUUAGACGGGAAAGUUCGGACGGGAAAACUCGUCUGCCCCCGGAUUCAUAUUAGACGAGUUUCCCGUCUAAGACGAGUUUCCCGUCUAAGACGAGUUUCCCGUCUCUAAUAUGAAUUCGGCUAUUAUCUAUUGUUUGAAUUGCAUUCGAUGCGACCGAAAUUCGACGUAUAAAACAGGCCUUACACCUGACCAGGAGCAGAUGCAAAAAAUGCGAGACUACAAUGAGUACAAGCCCUCCGGCAAGAAUUGAGCAUGUGGCCCUGAGCUACAGAGUCCAGUUGUCAAGAAAUUAAUUUCCGUUUAUCCUUUAUUAAGCUCCACAUCUCAAAUACCCAACUCAACCCAAACACCUACCCAACCCAAACACAACCACCCAACUCAAACAUAAAAUAAUGCUCAAAAUCAAUCUGAUUUCCUGAGGUAGUGAUUUAAAAUCACAGUUAAAGUUAUACACUCCCACUUCCAAGGGGGCCCCCUUCCAUAUAUCUCGUGCCUUUGGGCAAGCCUUUACACCCCGAGUUUUUUCUAUUUGAAAGAAAAAUAUUCCUUCCCCCAUGAAAAUUCCUUAAUAAGUCAUUGUUUCCUGUGGGAGAAAAUCUACGCUAGAAUUUCACGUUACUAUCACAUCCUGCAUUCCAGUAAAACCAUUAACCCCCCACCCCUACCUGCAUAAGGUCCAUAAGCAACCCUCUCAAAUUUAUCUGAGCAACUGGGGUUAGUAAAAGAGUUACGGCUUCGACUAACGCGGGAUAAACAAGUGAGCUCAUAUUCGGGUGGGCUUAUAUUCGGGGGGGGGCUUAUAUUUUGAAUGGUGUGAACGUUAGUUAUGUGAUGGGCUUAUUGGCGGGGGGGGGUGUUUAUAAACGGAGGUUUAGUAAAUAGAGAAUAAUACACGAGUGCGCGGAAACACCAGAUUUAUUUCGAGUCAACACGAGAAAUAAAUCUGGUAUUUCCAAGCACCCAUGUAUUUUUCUGUUUAUUAUAUAAAGGACAGUCUUUGAAAAGCGAUAAUUUUUACAGAAAAGCGAUAAUUGAAAAGCGAUAAUUUUCACAUGUGAGAUCAUCAUGAAUAAUCUCACAUGUGAGAUUAUCACUUUUAUCAGUGCUCGAAACCUCUAUAAAGCACUAUACUUUAUAUAAUAAAGUUUAGUAAUGUAUGCUUUUGCUUAAAUAGAAAAAUAAUAUCGUUUUCUGCCAUAGGGCUACUUUGGGGAUGGUAACUCGCCUUAAUUUAAAUCGCGGGUUAUAAUUGAGCGACGUUUUCCUUAAAUCGCCCAAACACGCAUUAUCUCGCGGCGAGCUUAGGUGUCGGCCAGGCCUACUUUUGGAGUGGUAACCCCCCUAAAAUCGCCUUAAACCGCCUAAACUCGCCUUAAAUCGCGGAUUAUAAUUUACCGAAGUUUUCCCUAAAUCGCCUAAAGGCCCUAAACUCGCAUUAUCUCGUGGCGAGUUCAGGCGAGUUACCGUUCCAGAGUAGUCCUUGCCAUGGCCCUUCUCGGUUGCCAAGAACUUUCGAAUGAAGUGAAAUAAAGUCGCAGAUUCAAACAUUAUUAUAUUUAUCCCCACAGCACGAGUACAUGGCCUACAUGGCAAGAAAAACACAGAAAAGACAGUCGGCGAUUGUCUCACUGAAUGAUAACAACCAAGAAAAACUGAGCCAAAUUCAAAAACAGAAAGAAGAAAUGACAGCCUAUUACGAACAGUUAAAAAAUGGUGAGAAAAGCUUAUACUAUAUAUAAUGGUAAGAAAGGAAUACCGCAUGGUUUUCCGUGCAGGAUUGCGUGAUCCAUGCACGACGGAUGUCGCGAGACUUUCGGAAAGCGUAAAAAUACUCGAGCCGCAGGCGAGUGUAUUUUUACGCUUUCCGAAAGUCGAGCAACAUCCCAAGUGCAUGGAUCACGCUAUCCUGCUUGGAAAACCAUUUGGUAAUUGUUUUAUAAAAUGACUACAGUGAAACAAUGACAUUUUGAGAAUCCCGCGAAGGCAUUUUAAUUCCCCGUGCAGGAUAGCCUGAUCCUGCACGGCUACUGACUAAUCAAAUUGCGUGUUUCACUGUAGUUAUUAUAUAAUUCUCGUUGCCCGCCUCUCUCGUUCCCUCUAACACCCUCUGCUUACGAAGGCUUGUUAUAUGCAUACAGGGUGUCUAAAAAAAGUGACCCUUUAGAAAUCACCCUUUUCUUGUAAACACCCAAACUUCAUUACCUCUGGGAGUUUAGAAUGCAUUGUGAUCGUACGAGCAUAUUAAAACUGCAUAAAAGUGUACAUGAAAGUUCUAAUUGAAAGUUGAAACGACUUAGAAAUUAGUCCCGUCAGUUCGAUUAAAAAUGGUUCAACUGACUACAGAGCAAAAAUAUGUUAGCGAUACCAAAAACUUUUAAAUAACUUCUAAUAACUUCCUUCGAUUCAAUUGUGUUUACGAACAACCCAUGGGUUCAGUGUAGGGACUCAGGCAUUCAAAUUAUAACAAGGUGAAUUUGUAAAGGUCACUCACUUUUUUUUACACACCCUGUAAAAUUCAAAUACAAUCCACUUUAUUAUUUUCCUGAUGACAAUCCGCUGGGCUUAUGAAUCGAAAGCUUUCCGGGAGGUGGUGAAAUGGAAAAGUGGGGAACUUGUAGGGGUCUGAAGGUCCACCCCACCUCCAGAACAUAUUUGUAUUUUUGAGUGUCUGGAGAUUGGUUUUCAGGGCUGGGGAAACUUAAUCACCACGGUCACAGAUGAGGCAAGUACAGAUGUGAAUCUCACGUCAAAUUGCUGAUUGUUUUGUGUCACACGGAAUUCUCACUUCCGGCGAGCGCUGGCAAGUGUCGUUCUGAAAUUUAAUAAAGGAAAGAGAUAGGAAAAGACGAAAAAUUGUUUUUUUCAAAAAGUCUACGCUACCGACGGCUAUUUUUGGAAUGAAUUCUUCAAGAGUAACGGUAAGCGAUCACUUUUAUUGAUUUCUUUUUAUUAAAAGUGUUAAUAUAACAUUUUAUUUCGCAAAAGUUUGUUUUUUUCCCUAUCUACUUCUUAUUAAAAUCGUGAAAUACACUUGCUGGGAAUUUCAGAUGCUCGUGCAUAAAUAACAAAACAGCGAAUGAUAUAAAUGCCUCAAAACAUAACUCUCGCAUAAAAAAAACAUGAAUACUUCUAUAAUAUGUAUAGUUUUAUUCCUCUGCAUUAUCAAAAUUUAAUAAAAUAGUGAAUUAAUACAAUUUUAAAGUUUAUUUAAUCGGUGUGACAUAAUUUGCCGUGAGAUUCAUAUCUGUACUUACCUCAUCUGUGCCACGGUCGCAUUUUCAGUGAAUAUCCUAUGGGAUACCCAGUAUCAGCGCGAUACCCUGCAUCAUACACCUUCAUAAUUUUAAAAAUCCGGGAUUUUAAAUAAUUUUUACUAAAUAAUGUCACUUUUGAAAAAAUAUUAUAUGCUGUGUGCAAGAACGUUUUGUUAUGAAUCCUAUUUCAACUUAAACACAUAAGCUGUAGUUUUCCAGAGCUUUUCUGGGUUCAUUGUGAAAUUCCUGGAAUUUUCAAGGAGUUUCAAAGACUAAAAUAAAAAAAUUCAGGGUUUUCCAAGAUUUCCAGGGGAGUAGGAAUCGUGCAAUUAAAUAUUUCUAAUUUCCCACAACUGUGUGUAAACGAUGUUUAAUUUCUUUGCAGAGUUGAAAGAUCAGAUGCUUGAAAAGGAAACAGAAUUAUCAUCAGCUAAAAAGGAACUCACAGAACUUGAACAAUAUCAGGUUGGUUUAAAGAGCUGUAUAACACGCGCGUCACACGUGAAAACCACGCGCUUUAUAGCAUAAUGAAAAAAUAUGGCGUUCCGCGUUCGUAAAGAUUUCUUGUUUUAUUAACUAAAGAUUUUCACGCGAAUAUUAGGAGGAAUGUUACCUUCAAUGAUCCAAAUAAUGUAGGUUCAAAUAUUUUUAAAUGAAACAUUGUAUUCGCUUAUAGUUAUUCACCAAGCUUAUUCUCAACUUAAUGGGUCUUUUAACUUUCGGUAUAUUUCUUAGAAUGACCUGAAUAUUACACAUACCAAAAAUUAUAUUGCAUAUGUUUUACUGAGAAAAAAAACCUGUAGUGAUUGAACAGGCAACUGUGAUUGUUAAGAAUAGAAAGUAACGACAAGUUACUUCUUUCAUUGAGUAAACCGUUGUGCUUUUCAGUUUCAGUAUAUAUAAUGAAUUUGCACUUUUACAGGCGUGAUAAUGAGAACUCAACAGAGAUUUUUAUUGAAUAUAUUUUUUACACUGUCAUGGAUUAUUUACACGGACAUGCGAAGCAGGUGAACUCUCCGCCAAAUAUUGUACGGGGGGGGGGGGGUACGUGUCAGAAUAGCUUUCCUCGUUCUCCCCCCCCCUCCCCCCCCCAAAAAAAAGUCGUUAAAUUUCAUUACAUGUUAAUUUUUCCAGCGAAAUUAUCAAGUCCGAAGCGAUGACAAACUUAGUCGUUGUAACUGUUAUGUGUUGUUUUCUGACAAUCAGAAUUUAUUAAAAUCGUUCCCUCAAAGUUCAUGAAAUAGUGUUUCUCAGACACUGAAGAUUUCAAAAUGUUGUGGGGGAGCACGUCUCCAUAUCCCCUAGAGGUCUCGCGCCUUCGGCACUUUGCACUUCUGCAUUUUGCGCUUGUCAUCCGGACCGUUGGAAAGUUCUUUUGUUUUGACCAGCCGUCUAAGUCCCUGGGCUGCUAGAUAACCUGUUCCCAUUCGAAGUCAUUCCCUAAACUCAUGAUAUCGUUCUUAUCAUUUGGAAACAUAAUAGGUGGGUGGGAGGGGGGGGGGGAUUAACGCGUACAAGUAAAGUUUAAUCUCUUUUUUGCCUCCUUUCUCAACAUGGUCUUCGUCCAAAAGAAAAUCACUGAGUUGGCGCUAGAGUUGAGCAUGGGUAUCGUGUACAACCAGACGUACUUGGCUAGAAGCUCGCUUUCGUCAAUGAGAAACGCUAUCGGUGGUAGGAAAGAUAGAAUGAAGAAACACAUCACAACAAUGAAACAGGACUUUGCUUGUUUUAUCUCUCGUAGGAACAGUUUCUUUCUUGUCAAAUUCUCUUCUAAUGGUUGGUUCGGUGAGCGAUUCAGCUUUCUAACGACCAGGUAUAUUCUUGUGUAAGCAAACGCGGUGAAAAUGAACACAAGAGUCACUAAUAACGACCCAAACAUCAAGGUCGCAGACUGGAUGGGAAAAGAGAGAAUGAUCACAAAAAAUAUGACCACAGCACCGGAACCGACAUACACCAAAAUUCUCUUCUUUGUGUCAUAGCAGAUAGUGUGAUAAUAGACACGCUAAGUAGUAAAAUUGGGAACUUUGUCGCCAGUAGUGUUCCAAAGCAAUUUAACGUCCCUGUAAUUCCUUGGACAAGGUAGAUGAGAAAUAGAGGUAUGCCCAACACACCAACUGCCAAGUCAAUCACGGACUGAAGAAGAAGAAUAAAAUAACAAGGCUUACUGUUCAGUUGAGAAGAUUUAAAAAUCGUUAUGAUUGAAACAGCGUUUAGUAAUAUCGUAGGAAUUAUGAAAAUCCCGUUUACAGAAGCAGCCAAAAUGUGACUGAUCAAAAAUUUCUUAAACGAUGUUGGCAAAUCAUUUGUGUUUCUCAUCAUUGUAUAUGGACAAGUAAUUCUAUAUGGUUCAGACACGUUCAUGAUGAUGCAGUUUUAGUCGUAUAUAUAGACUAUCUGAAAGUCGGAGUCUGAAGGCAAAUGAUUCCAAAUUUAAAAUACAUUGCUUAAAUAGACUUUGCAGACAUUGGUCCAAUAUACACAGAAAGAUAUUGCAUCAAAUUCAAUAUAGAUUUGGUAAAUACCAAGGGAACUUUUUAAUUGCGAUCAUAUGCCUAAUGUGGUUUAUUGUUCCUGCUUGGUUGCUUUUAGAUCUGUGACAGUGGUCGAUACAGGAUGCAGAAUUUUUUAUUAACGUUCAAAUACCUUGGGGUCGCUAUAAAAUAUAUUGUUUUGUUGAAACCCGUCACCAUACUUAGUUACUAACUCUGAUUUUGGGCGAACAUUUCGAAAAGUAUAUCUAGAAUCAUAAUUUAUGCAUUUACAGCACAUGUAAAGCUUGGCUAUAUAGCAAGCCUGGAACAAGCGAACUUCACAGUUUAACCGUGCUAAAUAAAAAAGUGAUGAAUUGAACGGACUGUGCGCUUCACAUGCAUGCGUAAUUUAUCGAAUUAAGUUCGGCCAUGAAAUGCAUAACGUCUGAAGUGCUACUAUGUGAUGUAUUUCAUUGUGUUGAUAGCGCAAUUGUGCGAUGCUUCUAUAGAUCUAAUAAAGUGUAUUUGCAUGCAAAAGGCAAGCAGCAGGUGUUACGACUGCAUAAUAUACAUGUAUAGUCGACGCACAAUACAAGCAAUCCAUAUAAAUCGACGAUUGAAUCAUUCAAGCAAUCCAGAUAGAUGUACACUCUAACCCCGUGCAGAGGCCUAGUCAAGGGGGUCUGGGUCUCCCCCCUCCCACUUUUCCUCAGCCCAAUUUUGUAGUUAUUUCAAAACUGAGGAGAAACUGAGAGGGCGGGGCGGGGCGGACGUAACCUCUUAAUAUUUUCAUAUAUGACAUUAAAUAUACCAAAUAGGUGGCUUUCAGAUUAUCAUAAAACUUGUCUAAAAUGCAUGGAAUAGCGAAACGCAGAUCCUAGAAUGCGAAAACGGCCAGAUGAUUAGAUCCCCCCUCCCCACACACACACACACUCGCAGUGACGUCGCUAUAGGGGGAGGGGUGUAACACCCUCCCCCCCCCCAAUAAUUCAAACGUUGGUCAAAGUUGGUCAAAAUGGAAGUGAUAUUUGCCCAAAGUUGGUCAAAAUGGAGCUGAUAUUUGCUUAAAAUUGAAGGUAAAACUGGGAAAAAUUUGGUAAAAGUUUGCCGAAAAUUCGCAAUUUUAACAAUUUUAAAGCUUUUGUUACGUUUGCGAUGAAAAAAUUGGAAAGUUUGCUCGUCUUUGUCGAAAAAUUUUGAAUUUGCUUAUGUUGGUCCUGAAAAUUUUUUUUGACAAUGCUUCUGUUAGUGCGGAAAAAUUUUUUUGACCUCCCCCCCCCCGUCGACAACAUUUUGAGUUUCGACUUGGUCAAAAUCCUAGGAAAUGUUGGUCAAAACAUGACGACAAAAAUGUUGAUGGCUUCGCGACGUCUCUGCACAAUCGUCCCUGACGGGUCCAAAGGAUUUUUAUUGCCUGGUUGUAUUUCAAGUAGUUGUAUCUCUCUGAAUCUGCAGCUGUCUUGUCGCUAUCUACACUGGCAAACACCGCUCUUUUUUUAAUUAUCCCGCGUUAAACUGUUAAGGCUAAUUUCCACUCAGGAAAAUUAUCCGUGGAUUGGAACGGACAAGAAAAUUUUUCUUUGUGUUAAAGUCAUUAGUUUCAACCCAGAGCUCACAAGACAAAGAAAAUUUCCUGAGUGGAAAUUAGCCUUAAAAAGUUCGCCUUUUUCAGGCUUGUACACAUCCGCGUGCUUUGCACGAGCCUCACCAAAUGCAUCAAUAGACCUAUUACCUAAUGAACAAAAUUUUGAUCUACUACACAAGUCUAGACAAAAAUCACAGUUUGAAAGAGCAUCACAAAAUUAGUAAUAUUCCAAAGUUUCGUUGCGAAAUGUUGUAAAAUGUGGAUAAUAUAGCCCUGCGAAGUUUGCUGUUUUUCAGUCAUUUUGUAUUACGCAUUGUACAAAUUAACCUAAACUCAGACAAAAACAUAAUACAAUGACUUGUGUUCAGUUUCCAGACCAUCAUUUCUUGAUAGACUAUAUGGUCAUAGAGCAGAACGAGCAAACAGAAGCGGAUGAUGAAUAUAAAGGCCGCUCAAGAAAAUUUUCAGCCAUUUCCACUCAAGAAAAUUUUCAGCAGAAAGAAAAUUUUGUAAAAUGUGAUUGGCCGACACAAAUUUUCCGUCGGAAAAAAAUUUUGAAGUUGAAAAUUUUCAACAAUGAUAUUUUCGGAAACUUUUCUGUCCGUGGAAAAUUUUCUUGCGUGGAAAUGGGUCUUAAGGAUAACUGAUAUCUCUGUUUAACUAUCGGACAACGAUUUAUCGUAAACCAUGCAUGCAUCAUUAAUCGCCUCUAUUUGAACGUUGUACCUCAAAAGUGUUCUCUUUGACCUAUGGCACGAGUAAUCUCGCACUAUAGAAUCCAUGUGCAUGGCACAGACAAGUCAAAUUGUCACAAACCCAGCACUAGACAGAGCACCCGAAAAUCGAUAAAAAAUUGUCGUGUUGCCUAACAAUACUUGUGCCUGGGGGGAUGCAAUAGCUGCAUGCAUUCCAGAUUUUUACACUUCUAAUUAUUAGUAAGCAUCGAAAAUUCAACCCGAGUGAAUGUUGACAUCAACCUCGUUCCCAGCCUCUUCUCUCUUGUGGAGGAAGGGAUUGUGUUGACAUUAAAAGGCUAUUAAAAUUGGCCUAGUUGAACCAAUGCAAUGGACCAUUAAAAUCAUAUGCUUCAGUUGUGUCAAGUAUUGAUAGGUUUGAUGACCCAUCACAUUAAACAGCCAUAACAUUGGUUCUACGGAACCAACUCUAAUAUAACCUCUUGAAUUUUCACUGCCUACCAAUAUAGCUGUGCAAAAAUCUGGAACACUGUAUAGCUGUUGCAUUUUCCCCUGCAAGCUGCUCCAUUUACUACAGUUCGGAGUAUUUUCGGAACACUAAUGGAACGGAACAGAAGACAGUCACAUGACUGUUCUGAACUAUUCUGACUACCCCGAUUUUCGAGUAGGGGCAGCCAGAAUAGACACGUGACACUGCCUAUUUUCACGUAAUUGGAAGAUUGGAAAUGGAGGCGACAGAUUUUGUGUAUAUCCAUUGCACACUGCAUAUAAAUGCAUAGAGCGUUAUUUUGAAGGGUUAACCGCUAUAUAUCGACAUAUACUUAUUAUAUGCUAUUUGAACGCUAGGGCUGGGGUUGGGCAAAAUCAACUAGUAAAAACGUUGCAAAAGCAUACUUAGAUAUACAAAUAACAGCAAAUCAUUAUACGCUUUAUUAUGUGAAUAACUAAUGAUAUAGUAAUGCAUGGUUGCACGUAUAUAUAAUAAACUAAACACUGAAAAAGAACUUAUUAAAUUAAAUGGAGCAGCCUGCAGCUGGAUACCCUGUAUAGUGUUCCGGCUUUAAUUUGACAAGUUGUGAUAAUUACAUGUAUAUUGAAAAUUUCAGAUGACGGGUUUUCCAAAAACAAUAUAUUUUACAGUAAUUGAUUUUUUAUAAAGACGCCAGGGUAUUUUAACGUUAUUAAAGUUCUGCAUUGUAAAUCGACUAGUGUCAGGAACAUUAUACCACAUUAGCCAUACGAUCGCAAUUAUAAAGUUCCCUUCAGCUGAUAUAUUCAUCAAAUGUAUAAUCAAUUGCAGGCGAUGGCUUCAUUUAGACGAUGUGAUAGUCUAUACGAAAAGGUGAUUUGAACAGCAUUGUCAUGAAUAGGUCUGAAGUAUAUUAUAGAAUUACUUGUCAUUUCAUGGGAAGUACAAAUCACUUUUUAACAUCAUUUGAGAAAUACUUGGUCAGUCACAUAUUAGCUGCUUGUGUAAACGGGAUUUUCAUAAUUCUUACGAUAUUACUCAACGCUGUUUCAAUCAUAACGAUAUUGAAAGCUUCCCAAGUAAGCCUUGUUAUUUUAUCAUUCUUGUUCAGUCCGUGAUCGACUUGGCAGUUGGUGUGUUGGGCAUACCUCUAUUUCUAGCCUCCCUUGUUCAAGGUAUAACAGGGACAUCUAAUUGCUUGGGAACAUUACUGGCGAUAAAGUCCGCACUUUUACCAAUUGCAGUAUCUACUAUCACAUUAUCGGCCAUGACAAUGGAACGAUACAUUGCCAUCUUACAUCCCUACGCUUAUAAAACUGUAGUAACAAAGAAGAAAAUUUUGAUAUAUGUCGGUUCCGGAGCUGUGGUCACAUUUUUUGUGAUCUUUCUUUCUUUUCGUAUCCAGUUUGCGCCUAUGGUAUUUUGGACGUUACUGGUAACUCUCGUGUUCACUUUCACCACGUUUGCUUACACAAGAAUAUACCUGGUUAUUAGAAAGUUGAAUCGCUCACAGAACCAACCAUCAAAUGUAGAAGGAGAAGUGAAUUUAACAAGAAAGAAACUGUUCCUGCGAUAAACGACCCUCCGCCAAAUAUUUUGUCGGAAUAACGUUCCUUUCCCCCCCCCCCCCCCUUGCCAUCGGGACCGUUGGAAAGUUCUUUUGUGUUUUCUCCCUGGAGUGCUAGAUAACCUGUUACCAUUCAAAAAUAUUCCUUAUUUGGAAGCAGUUUCGUCCGGUGUUGGACAGACUAAAACUACUACUAAACUUACGAAUCGUUCGUAUCAUUUGCAAUAUAUAAUGGGUAGAUCUAGAAGGGGCGAUCAACGCCCACAAAUAAAGUUUAAUCUCUUUUUUGCUUCCUUUCUCAACAUCGUCUUCGUCCAAAAAAAGAUCACUGAGUUGGCGCUGGAGUUGAACAUGGAUAUCGUGUUCAACCAGACGUCCUUGGCUAGAAGCUCGCUUUCGUCAAUGUGUUUAAGUAAGAGAAGCGCUACCGGUGGUAGGAAAGAUAGAAUGAAAAAACACAUCACAACAAUGAAACAGGACCUUGCUUGUUUGAUUUCUCGCACGAACAGUUUCUUUUUUGUCCAAAUCUCUUCUAAUGGUUGGUUCGGUGAGCGAUUCAGCUUUCUAACGACCAGGUAUAUUCUUGUGUAAGCAAAUGCGGUGAAAAUUAACACGAGAGUCACCAACGACGACCCAAACAUCAAGACCGCAAACUGGAUGCGAAGAGAGAGAAUGAUCACAAAGAAUAUGACCGCAGCACCCGAACCGACAUAUACCAAAAUUCUCUUCUUUGUUACUUCAGUGCUGUAAGCGUAGGGAUGUAAGAUGGCAAUGUAUCGUUCCAUUGGCAUAGCAGAUAGUGUGAUAAUAGAUACGCCAAGUGGUAAAAUUGGGAACUUUGUCGCCAGUAGUGUUCCAAAGCAAUCUAACGUCCCUGUAAUUCCUUGGACAAGGUAGACGAGAAAUAGAGGUAUGCCCAACACACCAACUGCCAAGUCAAUCACGGACUGAACAAGAAUGAUGAAAUAACAAGGCUUGCUGUUCAGUUGAGAAGAUUUAAAAAUCGUUAUGAUUGAAACAGCAUUUAGUAAUAUCGUAGGAAUGAUGAAAAUCCCGUUUACUGAAGCAGGCAAAAUGUGACUGAUCAACAAUUUCUUAAAAGAUGUUGGCAAGUAAUUUGUGUUUCCCGUCAUUCUAUAUGGACAAGUCAUUCUAUAUGCUUCAGACACGUUCAUGAUGAUGCAGGCAAAAUGAUUCCAAAUUUAAUUACUUAAAUAGACUUUUCAGACAUAUAGGUCCAAUAUAUACAGAAAUAUAUUGCAUCAAAUCGAUUAUACAUAUUCGAUGAAUAUCAGCUGAAGGGAACUUUUUAAUUGCGAUUGUAUGGCUAAUAAGGUAUAUAAUGUUUCUGAUUGCUAGCCUGCCUUUAGAUAUGUGACAUUGAUCGAUAUACGAUGCAGAACAUUAAUAACGUUCAAAUACAGUAUCCUGGAGUCGUAUGAAAAAUACAUCAAUUACUGUAAAAUAUAUUGUUCCAUCACCAGAAAUUUUCAACGCAACUUGUAUUGUUAGCCAAAUCACAUCAAAUUUUGCAUUUCUAUCUAUCUUCGGGCGCUCGUUUUAAUUUUUAAAAUUUUAAUUUUUAAUUUUAACAACUUUAUUGGACCACAAUAUACUGUAACACUGACAUAAACUAUUCAAAGGCCCAAAAGGGAAGAUGCAAGUGAGAUAAUAAGUCCCAUGCAAGGCACCUCCCUAAUAGAAUACUAUAUAUAAAGCAUGUAUACUGCUUAUAACAUAGUCAUAGCAUAGUUUGUCAAGAUAUGAUGCACGGCAAACUUCAAAGCUACAAAAUAAAAGGCCUGCAUGCGUUUGAUGCUAAACAGCUCCUCGUUGGACGGUUACUUCAUUAUACGAAAAUACAAUGAGCUCACCGCGUGACCGUGCACAAAUUAACAUAUUAAUUAACAUCAACUGAGACAAAAACAUAAUACAAUGACUUGUGUUCAGUUUCCAGACCAUCAUAUCUUGACAGACUAUGCUCAUAGAGCAGAACGAACAAACAGAAGCGGAUGAUGAAUAUAAAGGCACAUUUCCACUCAAGGAAAUUUUCCUCGGAAAGAAAAAAAUAUAAAAUGUGACUGGCCGACACAAAUUUUCCGUCGGAAAAAAUUUUGAAGUUGAAAAUUUUCAACAAUGAUGUUUUCGGAAAAUUUUCUGUCCGUGGAAAAUUUUCUUGCGUGGAAAUGGGUCUUAAGGAUAACUGAUAUUUCUGUUAAACUAUCGGACAACGAUUUAUCGUAAACCAUGCAUGCAUCAUUAAUCGCCUCCAUUUGGACGUUCUACCUCAAAUUAUAAAAAAAAAUUAUUCUGUCAAACUUUAUCACAAAUCCAGCCACUCGAAAGAGCACCCAAAGAUCGAUAUAAAUUUAACGUGUUUGGCUAACAAUACAUGUGUCUGGAGAAAAAUGCAAUAGUUGCAUGUAUUCCAGAUUUUUACAUGCUAAUUAUUA